UGUGUCAGGUUCCUAUAAGGUGUCAGGAUGUCACUGUCUAUGUCUCCGUGCAGGAGGGUGAGUAUAUAGAGGAACACAGGGGUCUGUACAAGGACGUGAUGAUGGAGAAUCACCGGCCCCUCACAUCACUGGAUGGGCCCAGUAACAGAGAUACCCCAGAGAGAUGUCCCCGUCCUCUGUAUUCCUUGGACUGUACAGAGGAGAAUCACAGGAUCCCACAGGAGGAUCAGGAAGAACGUCUGUCUGAUAUAAAGGCAGAAGAUAUAGAGGGAGAAGAAGAGACGUAUGUGACUGAUAUAAAGGCAGAAGAUAUAGAGGGAGAAGAAGAGACGUAUGUGACUGAUAUAAAGGCAGAAGAUAUAGAGGGAGAAGAAGAGACGUAUGUGACUGAUAUAAAGGCAGAAGAUUUAGAGGGAGAAGAAGAGACAUAUGUGACUAAUAUAAAGGCAGAAGAUAUAGAGGGAGAAGAAGAGACGUAUGUGACUGAUAUAAAGGCAGAAGAUUUAGAGGGAGAAGAAGAGACGUAUGUGACUAAUAUAAAGGCAGAAGAUAUAGAGGGAGAAGAAGAGACGUAUGUGACUGAUAUGAAGGCAGAAGAUAUAGAGGGAGAAGAAGAGACGUAUGUGACUGAUAUAAAGGCAGAAGAUACAGAAGGAGAAGAAGAGACGUAUGUGACUGAUAUAAAGGCAGAAGAUACAGAAGGAGAAGAAGAGAUGUAUGUGACUGAUAUAAAGGCAGAAGAUAUAGAGGGAGAAGAAAAGACGUAUGUGACUGAUAGAAAGGCAGAAGAUAUAGAGGGAGAAGAAGAGACGUAUGUGACUGAUAUGAAAAGAGAAGAGACGAAUGUGACUGAUAUAAAGACAGAAGAUAUAGAGGAAGAAGACGAGACGUAUGUGAGGGGUGAUCAGCAGUGUAAGAAGGAGGAGAUCCCUACAGAUAUCAGCACAGCAGAUCGACACACAAGCAGGAAUAUCUCAGAAGGACAUCUAAUGUUAUCCCCGGAUUGUGACAUUAAAGAUAAUGACAGUAGACAGGAUUCUCCAGGAGCUAACCCCAUUACCCCAAUUAUACAUCCAGCUCUAUCAGCUGAUCCCUCUGAUCCUGGGAAAUGUUCUCCUGAUCACUCUGAUAUUGGUGCAUCUGUUACAGCUCUGAGAGUAGAUACAUUGUUUCCAUGUUCUAUAGAUGCCAAAUGUUUUACACAGAACACAAAGCCUAUUAACCCACACACAGGUAAGGCAGGUGAAAGGCCACUGAUAUGUCCGGAGUGUGAGAAAUGUUUUACAUACAAAUCAGAUCUUGUUAUACAUCAGAAAAGUCACACAGGUGAGAAGGCAUUUCCAUGUUCUGAGUGUGGGAAAUGUUUUGCACGGAAAUCACGUCUUGUUAGACAUCAGAGAAGUCACACAGGUGAGAAGCCAUUCCCAUGUUCUGAGUGUGGGAAAUGUUUUACACAGAAAUCAGAUCUUGUUAAACAUCAGAGAAGUCACACAGGUGAGAAGCCAUUUCCAUGUUCUGAGUGUGGGAAAUGUUUUACACGGAAAUCAGAUCUUAUUAUACAUCACAGAACUCACACAGGUGAGAGGCCAUUUCCAUGUUCUGAGUGUGGGAAAUGUUUUGCACAGAAAUCAGAUCUUGUUAAACAUCAGAGAAGUCACACAGGUGAGAAGCCAUUUCCAUGUUCUGAGUGUGGGAUAUGUUUUGCACACAUAUCAAAUCUUGUUAUACAUGAGAGAAGUCACACCCGUGAGAAGCCAUUUUCUUGCUCUGAGUGCAGGAAAAGUUUUACCUGGAAAUCCCUACUUGUUAUACAUCAGAGAAGUCACACAGGUGAGAAGCCUUUUCCAUGUUCUGAGUGUGGGAAAUGUUUUGCACUGAAAUCAGAUCUUGUUAAGCAUCAGAGAAGUCACACAGGUGAGAGGCCAUUUCCAUGUUCUGAGUGUGGGAAAUGUUUUGCACACAAAUCAGAUCUUGUUAGACAUAACAGAAGUCACACAGGUGAGAAGCCAUUUCCAUGUUCUGAGUGUGGGAAAAGUUUUACACAGAAAUCACAACUUGUUAUACAUCAGAGAAGUCACACAGGUGAGAAGCCUUUUCCAUGUUCUGAGUGUGGGAAAUGUUUUGCACACAAAACCGUUCUUGUUAGACAUAACAGAAGUCACACAGGUGAGAAGCCAUUUCCAUGUUCUGAGUGUGGGAAAUGUUUUACACGAAAAUCAGAUCUUGUUAUACAUCAGAAAAGUCACACAGGUGAGAAGGCAUUUCCAUGUUCUGAGUGUGGGAAAUGUUUUGCACGGAAAUCACGUCUUGUUAGACAUCAGAGAAGUCACACAGGUGAGAAGCCAUUCCCAUGUUCUGAGUGUGGGAAAUGUUUUACACAGAAAUCAGAUCUUGUUAAACAUCAGAGAAGUCACACAGGUGAGAAGCCAUUUCCAUGUUCUGAGUGUGGGAAAUGUUUUACACGGAAAUCAGAUCUUAUUAUACAUCACAGAACUCACACAGGUGAGAGGCCAUUUCCAUGUUCUGAGUGUGGGAAAUGUUUUGCACAGAAAUCAGAUCUUGUUAAACAUCAGAGAAGUCACACAGGUGAGAAGCCUUUUCCAUGUUCUGAGUGUGGGAAAUGUUUUGCACACAAAACCGUUCUUGUUAGACAUAACAGAAGUCACACAGGUGAGAGGCCAUUUCCAUGUUCUGAGUGUGGGAAAUGUUUUACAUACAAAUCACAUCUUGUUGUACAUCAGAGGAGUCACACAGGUGAGAAGCCAUUUUCUUGCUCUGAGUGUGGGAAAUGUUUUACACAGAAAUCACAACUUGUUACACAUCAGCAAAUUCACACAGGUGAGAAGCCAUUUUCUUGCUCUGAGUGUACGAAAUGUUUUACACGGAAAUCAGAUCUUAUUACACAUCAGCGAAGUCACACUGGUGAGAAGCCAUUUCCAUGUUCUGAGUGUGGGAAAUGUUUUGCACACAAAUCAAAUCUUACUAAACAUGAAAGAAGUCACACAGAUGAGAAGACAUUUUCAUGCUCCGAGUGUGGGAAAUGUUUUACACGGAAAUCAGAUCUUGUUAAACAUCAGAGAAGUCAUACAGGUGAGAAACCGUAUCCAUGUUCUGAGUGUGGGAAAUGUUUUGCACACAAAUCAAAUCUUACUAAACAUGAAAGAAGUCACACAGGUGAGAAGCCAUUUCCAUGUUCUGAGUGUGGGAAAUGUUUUGCACACAAACCAGAUCUUGUUACACAUCAGAGAAAUCACACAGGUGAGAAGCUAUUUUCUUGCUCUGAGUGUGGGAAAUGUUUUACACAGAAAUCACAACUUUUUACACAUCAGCGAAGUCACACAGGUGUGAAGCCAUUUUCUUGCUGUGAGUGUGGGAAAUGUUUUACACGGAAAUCAUAUCUUGUUAAUCAUCAGAGAAUUCACACAGGUGAGAAGACAUUUUCUUGCUCUGAGUGCGGGAAAUUUUUUACACAGAAAUCACAUCUUGUUAGACAUCAGCAAAGUCACACAGGUGAGAAGCCAUUUCCAUGUUUUGAGUGUGGCAAAUGUUUUGCACGGAAAUCAGUUCUUGUUAUACAUCAGAGAAGUCACAAAGGUGAGAAGCCAUUUCCAUGUUUUGAGUGUGGGAAAUGUUUUGCACACAAAUCAGAUCUGGUUAGACAUAACAAGUCACACAGGUGUGAAUCCAUUUUCUUGCUCUGAGUGCGGGAAAUGUUUUACACAGAAAUCACAUCUUGUUACACAUCAGCGAAGUCACACAGGCAUUUCCAUACUCUGAGAAAUAAGCUUUUGUUGCACACAAUAGACUUCACUCAGGUGAGAAACCAUUUUAAUCUUCUGGAGUAUACUUAUCAUUGCCAUGUAAUGUUCCUCAAGAUUCUGUCCUAUCUCUUGUGCUUUUUGCAAUAUACAUGCAACAGGUCCUUCUGAUAGAAGCUCACCAACAAAGGGCAGGGCUACAGCUCAGCUUUGCAAACCAACCAGACUUAAGCUUGAGGUUCAGAGUAACAAAAUGCUGAUCAUGUGCGGAAUCUUGGGGGUAAAUUUACUAAGAUGUGAGUUCUAUUUAAGAUGGGAUGUUGCCAAUAGCAAGACAGCCAGAUACCAGCACUUAUUUCCCUCAGAAGAUCUACCUACAGUUAUACAUGUAUUUGUAUCAUCACACAUAGACUACUGCAAUGUCCUCUACCUUGGUCUCCCAGCAAAAGAAUUGCACCGGUUGCAGCUUGUACAGAAUGCAGCAGCCAGGCUGUUACCUAACCAGCCCGUUCCUGCCACAUAACACCCAUUCUCUGCUCCCUUCACCGGCUGCCUGUAAGAUGGUGACUACAUAAUCUGCUUACUGAUUCUCCCAGCCCUACAUGAUCCGGGUCCAAGGUACCAGAAGCAGCGCUCUGUUUGGUUCCAUCUGCAGAUAAAGGACUGUAACCAGCAGUAUCAUAAUUCCCCAAGCAGUGCUAAGAUGUCGGGUGACACAGGGUAGGCGGUACCUUUGCAGUAGCGGGGGCUGCCAGAGCAGUGUGUACAUAAUGGAAAGCUGCUCAAUCAGAUUGUAAUGUCACUCAGGUGCUAAAAGGGAGGGGUAAUUCUGUGUUGGAAAAACUGUGUUCUCUAAUGCACACUGAGUGAAAAAUAUUACUACAUAAUAGUCAGAUAAUACGGAGAUCUUAGUUGCGUAUAUCUGCAGAUAUAGGGUUAAGCCCCCAGGCCGAUCGACAAGGCUUCUCCAUCACUGGGGGUCCCUAAUACUAGGUAUGGGUCCGGGGUGCAGGACCCCACAAUGUCGGCACAGGUCGGCCACCCCAGGUCAGCACACAGGUGAGAAUUAAUAAGAAGCACAUAAGUGCUAUGUAAGUGGUGUGAUUAAAAUAAUAUAUACAAAGUGAUAGGGAAAAUAAUAAGUGUUAAUAAAGUGUUAGGGUGUGCCGACCUGAAGCAGCCCAGCCAUACCGACACAGGGGCCACCACACCCCACACCCACCCCAUAAAUAAUUACAAAUAUGUCUGGGUUAAAUUCCCAGUGUAAGGCCACAUGGUAAUGGCUCCUACAGCAUCUGAGAGCCAGCUUACCUGGGGAUACCCCUGGCUUCCCCUAUGGCACUAUGGAGUCAGCAAUCCCUCCUAAUGCUGACCCAUCUAUGCCUCUCUAAAUACAAUACACAAAAUGGAAAGCUGCUCAAUCAGAUUGUAAUAUCACUCAGGU